CAAGGAGGCGGCGGCGGCCAGCGCGGCGGAGGGACCGGUGAGCGGAGGGGUCACAGCGAGGGGACUCCCCGAGGUCCCGUCCCCAGGCUGCAGUGACUGGGCUUUCUCUGGAGCGGAAGGCGCUGGAAGGCAGACCGGCCACCAUGUCCACAUUCAGGCAGGAGGAUGUGGAAGACCACUACGAGAUGGGGGAGGAGCUGGGCAGCGGCCAGUUUGCGAUCGUGCGGAAGUGCCGGCAGAAGGGCACGGGCAAGGAGUACGCGGCCAAGUUCAUCAAGAAGCGCCGCCUGUCGUCCAGCCGGCGGGGCGUGAGCCGCGAGGAGAUCGAGCGGGAGGUGAGCAUCCUGCGGGAGAUCCGGCACCCCAACAUCAUCACGCUGCACGACAUCUUCGAGAACAGGACCGACGUCGUGCUCAUCCUCGAGCUGGUCUCGGGCGGCGAGCUCUUCGACUUCCUGGCCGAGAAGGAGUCGCUGACGGAGGACGAGGCCACCCAGUUCCUCAAGCAGAUCCUGGAUGGCGUCCACUACCUGCACUCGAAGCGCAUCGCCCACUUCGACCUCAAGCCGGAGAACAUCAUGCUUCUGGACAAGAAUGUGCCGAACCCACGGAUCAAGCUCAUCGACUUCGGCAUCGCCCACAAGAUUGAAGCGGGGAACGAGUUCAAGAACAUCUUUGGCACCCCGGAGUUCGUGGCUCCCGAGAUCGUCAACUAUGAGCCCCUGGGUCUGGAGGCGGACAUGUGGAGCAUCGGCGUCAUCACGUACAUCCUCCUGAGCGGCGCGUCCCCGUUCCUGGGCGAGACCAAGCAGGAGACGCUGACCAACAUCUCGGCCGUGAACUACGACUUCGACGAGGAGUACUUCAGCAACACCAGCGAGCUAGCCAAGGACUUCAUCCGCCGCCUCCUGGUCAAAGACCCCAAGAGGAGAAUGACCAUCGCCCAGAGCCUGGAGCAUUCCUGGAUCAAGGCGAUCCGGCGUCGGAACGUGCGGCGGGAGGACAGCGGCAGGAAGCCGGAGCGGCGGCGCCUGAAGACGGCCCGCCUCAAGGAGUACACCAUCAAGUCGCACUCGAGCAUGCCCCCCAACAACACCUACAUCAACUUCGAGCGCUUCUCCAAGGUGCUGGAGGAGGUGGCGGCGGCCGAGGAGGGCCUGCGGGGGCUGGAGCACAGCCGGCGCCUCUUCCACGAGGACAUCGAGGCGCUGACGGCCAUCUACGAGGAGAAGGAGGCCUGGUACCGGGAGGAGCACGAGAGCAUCGGCCAGGACCUGCGGCGGCUGCGGCAGGAACUGCACAAGACCGAGGCGCUGCGGCGGCAGGCCCAGGAGGAGGCCAAGGGCGCGCUGCUGGGGGCCAGCGGGCUCAAGCGCCGCUUCAGCCGCCUCGAGAACCGCUACGAGGCCCUGGCCAAGCAGCUGGCCUCCGAGAUGCGCUUCGUGCAGGACCUGGUGCGGGCCAUCGAGCAGGAGAAGCUGCAGGGCGUGGAGUGCAGCCUCCGCUAGGGGCCCGGCCCCUCUGUCACCCCGGCC